CGAACAUGCCCGAGCAGUGAACAGCAACCGCGCCGGGAGUCCCUCAGCUCACUUGCACUUGUUGUCAUGUAUUAUAACCUCCCUCCUUGUUCAUUUUGACUUUUGUUGUUAUACCCCUUCUGAUCCGGCAUUCCGGGAUAAAUCAACGUAAUGGCGGAGAAGGAGGCACAGCAGCCCACUCUCGAGCCCGUCUCGAAGCCGCUGGCGCUGAUUCCUGUUGUGAUCAAAGAAGCCGCCCUCGACUCACCUACAUUUCGUGCAACCGCCGUGCACUUCGGCGACCAAAUCGAGCUCGUAGAACGAUGGCUCGACUCGUUCGUCCGCGCAACAUCGAGGCUUGCCUCCGAGCUCACCACGCUCCAGAGCGUGGUCGACACAUAUGUGCAGGCCUCGCACCCGCCGCUGCAGCUGUCUGAAGCCAUUCUUGACCACGAUUACACCGUGCUGGCCCUCAAGCGUUUCGGCGAAGGGGCACGCGAGUACUGGAACAGCACGUGUCGAAGCUUAAAACGGGCAGAGACAAGUGUGUGCGAGCCAUUAAGAGCCUUCCUGAACAACGAUCUUCGCGUCUUGAAGGAGGCGCGCAAGAACCUCGACCUGACGCAACGGACAUUCGACGGCGCUAUCGCCCGCUAUGCCAGCCAAGUCAAAUCCAAAGAGGCGUCGUCGCUGCGAGAGGACGCCUUCCAGGUGCACGAGGCUCGGCGCGCAUACUUGCAAGCGAGCAUGAACUUCUGCGUCUUGGCCCCGCAAGUGCGACUGACGCUGGAUAAGGUCCUCGUCAAGGUCAUACACGAGCAGUGGCGCGACAUGAAGACGGCACAGGAUGCACCAAACAAGCCUUUUGUACUUGGCAACACAGAUAUCGAGCGAGUACGGGGCUGGAGUAAGGAGAUGGAAAACGGUGAGCGUGUCUUCAAGCGAGAGCUGCACCUCGCCAGACAGCAGGUCGAGCAAGCUGCCGAAUCGAGCGCCAGACCAUCUCGAGAUCUGGACACGUACGCAGCGUCGACCGUCGCCUAUCUGGGUACCCCCGGUCCAACUUCUGCCAACCUUCAGUCGCCCGCAAAGCCCGAUAUAGGGAAUGAAAAGGCAGAGAAGCAGGGCUGGCUAUUCCAGCGCACUAUAACGGGGAAGCCUGCGAGAACAUAUUGGGUCAGGAGAUGGUUCUUUGUUAAGAAUGGAAUCUUUGGCUGGCUUACACAGGGCACACGCUCUGGCGCGGUCGAGGAGUCCGAGAAAAUCGGUGUGCUGCUCUGCGGUAUUCGUCCAGCAUUCCAGGAAGAACGCAGGUUCUGCUUCGAAGUCAAAACGAAGGACACAACCAUCCUGCUCCAGGCUGAGACGCAAGGCGAUAUCACAGAAUGGAUCUCUGCGUUCGAGGUUGCCAAACGAAAAGCUCUGGAGGACACAUCUAAAGAGACUCCGGUUCAGGGCGCCGUCGAUGCUGCGUUUUCAAUUAGCCCACCAGUCGCGCCUGAGUUUGCUGCGAAAACUUCCGAAGGCCAUGCUUCACAUCCGAGUGAUGACAUGACGGGCAUUGAUCGAGCCGAAACAUCGCUUGGGGUACCAGGAGGCGAGACCCCGCGUGGUGCUAGUAUGGACAUUUCACGCCGAGCUACUGGCUUUGACAGAGAGCCCGACGUGGGCCGACGAGAUCAUGCUGCCAGGAUCAUGGAGAAACUUGAUCUGUCACGCAGAACCACGGCAGGGCCACAACUCAGCGGAAGCAAUCCUUCUUCAGCAUCUGGCGGUAUUGCUAGUCUCAUAUCUGCCAGUCUUGCUUCCGCUAGCCACAAUAUUGUACAAGUAGGGCAGAUUGCUGCACCUGCACCAGGCCUGCCAGACACACGACUCGUUAUGGGACAGACACUUCCAUACACAAGUCUAUCGCCAAGCACUCUUGCGAAUCCCCCAGCGCCUACAAAUCUCAGCAAAGCUGCUGUUGCUGUCAGCGGCGAGCGGGGACUGGGCAUUGGCAAGUCUGGUAACAUGCCGGGUGGUCUUAUGGCCAAUCUGUGGGGCUCUGUCAACUGGGGCUAUGUGCACAAGAUUGGGAAGCCAGACGAGUCUGGUUCACGCGAUCGCAGCAUGUCUGGGCCACCGAGCCCUGUCAAUUCGCCUCCUGGUGAGCCGUUCGACAUCAAUUUAGAGACAACUACGGCCCAGGAGACAUCUGCAGGUACAACACCUGCAGCCCCUGGCCAUCGAAAGACGAUUAGUCUCGGUGGGUCCAUGAGCCGACCGUCGACCUCGGAGGGGGAGUUCCCCAACUAUUACCCUGCAGCAUUAAGAUUGCAAGAUGCGCAGUUCAGAAUCCUGUUUCCUACAGUACCACGGUCUGAAAAACUUGUGUUGGUGUUCCGUGCUGUCUGGAAUCCGACUGAGCAACAGGAAUUUCCAGGCCGCGUCUAUGUCACAACUAAGGACAUAUACUUCUACAGCAACCAUCUCGGCCUUGUGCUUGUCACAGGCAUCGUUAUGGGUCAGAUUGACGAAGUCACGGCGGCACCCGGCAAGGAUUGCGACUUCCUCUUUCUUCAUUUCAAGAUUGGCGCCAGAGAAGAUGGAGCCACUAGAAUCACUGUCAAGACGUUCCUCGAGCCUCUCAAGCUGUUGCAGCGACGACUCAAUUACCUUGUGCGCAACGCCACCUCUAACGAGUAUGAGCUAGAGGAUGUCAUCAAGUCACUGAUCAAGAUGGAAACAGACGAAACCCAUCACUCAAUGGGCGAGGAAGGAUGGGAGGAGAUCUCACCGGACACACCUAUGGAUCCUGGCUAUGGAGGAAAGAAUAUCAAGACUAGUCUGCGCAUUGAUGGAAACCUAUUUGGUCCAUCGGGUGUUGAGCGAAAAAACACAACCAAGUUCAAGUUGCCAUCGCAGCCUGUUGUAUUCGCUCCUGCUGGUAUGAUGCAAGUCGCAGUCGAGAAGGAUUACGAAAUCAGUGCGAAGGCUCUAUUCCACAUCCUGUUUGGAGAUAAGAGCGCCGUUUUUCAGCUGCUGUACAGGGAACGCCUGGCGAAACGCGUCGUCCAGGGACCUUGGACAACAACUGACAAGACCCGCCAACGCCGCGAUUUUGAAUAUGAGAUUGCUGGCAAAAACGGUGCCAGUGUGAUCAUCAAUGACUACCAAGUUAUUGAAGUCAUGAACGAUCAUCUUUGCUACGUGGUGUCAGAUAGGAAGACUCCAUGGUACCUGCCAGGACACGAGCGUUUUGUGCUUCUUAGCAAGAUUGUCAUCACACACGUUUCUAAGGCACGGUGUAAGCUUGCCGUUCAUACCAAGAUUGACUGGAAGCGCAAUCCGCGGAUUGUGAAGAAGCUCAUUGAGCGUCAGGGUCUGCAGGACCUAGAACUUGAAGCGCAGGAUCUCGUAGACGUUGUCAAUGAUCAGGUUGCUCGUCUGGGGAAUAAUCGAAGCACUGGCAAGGUUACCAGCAUCUUUGGUCAGAUCGGUGUUCAGACUCAGGCUGUGCAGGUCAACGCAGAUGACAUUCCACCGCCGAACCGCCCCCGAAAAUUCAAGUUACGACCAAUCACGACAGGCUCCUUCAUCGCACAGUUUGUGGGUAAUGUCAUCAUCAGCAUCCUUUCAACGGUCAUGAGCUGGGUGCUUGCCACUUUCACUGGCAUCGGUAACGUCGUGUCCGCCCAUAAGCUGCUGGUCGUGCUGCUGCUUGCCAGCGGAGGCGCAAACUUCUUCUUGACCUCUAAAGACAGCUGGUCGUGGUGGAGCGAGCGCAAUGCCGCAAGAUACAUGUCACGCCUUGGUGUCGGGCCAUCAACAAGCAUGUCGCGCUCAGUCUAUCUCCGCGACAUUGCUCAAGCUUUCGCCAAUUCCAAUGAUACCAGCAUCGAGCUUGCGCUGCCCACUGAUAGCAUCGUAGACAACAGAUGCCACCAAACAUUCACACACCUCCUCGACCCCGCCUCCAUGUCGCUACCAAACACCCUGUACGACCCGACUACCCACAGCACACAACGUCUCGAGCGCACACGCCGCAACCUCGGCUCUCAGCGCCACGACCUGCUUGUUGCGCUGCGCGUUGUCAAUCGUAUCGAGCAGGAAGUCGUAGAGGCAGAAUACGAGCACUGGCUGUUCGACGAGACACAGAGGUGCGCCAAGGUCGGCUCGAUCCUCGAUGGAACAAAGAAGAAAGACAAGAAUGUGCAGGAGUGGGUGAAAGGGUAUUGUGGGGACUGCCAGACGAGCUUGCAGUUGGUUAGAGAGGGACGGAAGGGGUUAAUUUGAAUAAGCAGACGGUACUUGUUCUCAGACAACUAGACUUCGGCGAUCAGUUCUUUGCAUAGCGUGGAGUAAUGUAGAUGUUUUACUCAGGGGCUACUAUACCUUUCGAACAUACUAGCAAAUCAAUAAUAAUUAGAGUGGUCGAUACAGCCUCCGUACCUAUGUGGUAGCAGGACAGACGAGUACGCGUAUGGAGGCACACCAUGUGUCGAAUCAGAGGCUG